AACAGCUGAUGUUGUCCUCGGGGUACAUAUAGGUCCGUACUUUGGCCUUCUCACAACAGAAGGACGCAGAACCAACAUGAAGUGGACAUUGGUGUUCUUCGCUGUCUUUUGCGCCCAAGCGUGGGCAAAAGAGAAGCACCACGAGUGCCCUGAGCGUUACCCCUCGGAGCUGGCGAAGGGAGGUGCCGAGAAGACCUACAACGAGCUGCCGGGGGGAGAGCCGCUCUUCCAGCUCGUCAUGUACGAGGCAGAGGACGGCUUCAAACCGCUGGAGACACACACACUGGGCCUGCACAGCAACAACAGAGACCGGAAGUUCCAGGGCUUCCACGUCAGCGUGACGUCAGAUGACGCCAAGUGCAAGUCGGGAAAGCUGAAGGCUUACCAUAAGGGUGUGAAGGAACUGAAGCACUGCAACACUCUGGUCAACAGUAAGAGCGAGCCCGCCGUCAAGGUGCCGCUCAGCUGGAAAGCGCCACCUUGCGGCUGCGUUACCUUCAGGGCCACGGUGAUUGAAGACGACACGAAGUUCUACCUUGACGACGGGCGCCUUGAGGACGGGCCGCUGACCAAGACGGUGUGCGCGCAGGAAGACGGCAACUUCGACGUCAAGAACGAGAUGGAAGAAGAGAAAGAGGACAUGGAUAUGGUGCCACUGGAGAAAUACCAGCCAAAGAAAGACGUGAUGACCGUGGUAAAGGAGGUAGCAGAAGACUCAGACUUCAAACCGAAGCCGGAAUACGACGAGAAGAAGCCAGAAGAGAAGUGGGAGGAAGAAGUGCCGGAGUCUGCUGAGUCUGAAGAAGAUAUUGACGAAGAAGAAGAAGAGGAAGAUAUUGACGACAUUGACGGUGAUGAGUUUGACAAGCUGUGCAAGGCAUCCGAGGGAAUGCUGGGACGUCGUCGCAGGCGCAUGCGCUUCUGGGCCAUGAUCGGGCUGUGCUGCCGCUACGAAGGGGAUGAGAGGAGCGAAUGUGUGCGCAAGGCACGGGCUCACAUCCAGUCCCACAAGGAGGCCCGCCAGGAGCGCCGGCGGCCUGACAACCGGUCCCGCCCGCCCGUCCGCAGGCCCCGCCCCGGUGCGAAGCCCGAUGGAGAGGCGGAGGAGGAAAAGAAUAGGCCCAGGAUGGUCCGCCCAGGGUCUAAGCGCGGCUCCAUGUACGAGGAUCAGAUCCCCCUGAGUGUCGAGGCUUUCCGUGACAUCAGGAAGAACCCCUUCAGCUGCCCCCGGUCUCCCACCUUCAUCGCCCCCAGACAGACCGACACCGACGGCAUCAGCGCCCUCUGCCGACACAUGGAGGAAGUUCAGCGUCCGGCUGGACAGAGACCCCGUCCGGGCAUGCGCAGACCCCGCCCUGGCAUGAAGGAAGAAGAUCGCCAGGGUCCUCGCCCGGGCAUGCGCAGACCUAGCCCUGGCAACCAUCCACGCCCGGGCAUGCGCAGACCGCGCCCAGGCAUGAGGGAGGAAGUUGGUGGCGGCCCCCGUCCCGGAAUGCGUAGACCUGGCCCUGGCAACCACCCCCGCCCGCAUGGCCGCCCCCAGCCACCCAUGCACAUGAAGCCGGACAUGGACAUGAAGGAACGUGGAUUCUGGUAUGCCGAGGGAGUCAAGCAGCUGGCCCACAAGGUGCGAGAGGGAAUGCCCAUGCGACGCACACAGCGUAGUGCAGAGGAGCCCAAACCCGCACUGUUGGGUCACAAGCACGAACAACACAUGUUUGACAAGGAAUCUGAGGAAAUGAACCACCCCGAACCAGCGAAGUACGGACAUCAACAUGAGAAGCACAUGUUCGACGAGGAGUAUCAAGAGGUUCUCAAGACCCGCAAGGAGGACAUCUCCAGCUGCUGUUCUGUGGAAGGCGAAGAGCAGGGAGACUGCUUCAGGUCUCUGCAGAAGACGAACAUGGAGAGCCUGUGCGCCCGGCAGGAUCUGACUACGCACGGCAAGUUCGGACUCACCCACCCCUGCUGCCGAGAGCAGGAGGGGCGCCGCGCUGAGUGUUUCGAUCAGGAAAGGUAUUGGUACGAUGAGGAUGUGCAUGAGGUGGACUUUACACCCGACCUUGAGAAGUUCUAUGACACCCUGCAGCAGCUUAUUGACCUGAAAAACCCCUGGAGAACCCGCGCCAUCGCCAUCUCACCGGAAAGGGUUGGCCGCUACUGUGACAUGGCGAAGAAGUGGCAGGCUCCCACCCAGGAGGACGUGCCCAGCCAGUUCGGCGUCUUCUACAACUGGUACGAGAGGGUCCAGCAGAAAAUGAAACUUGUCGAGUGCUGCCAGAUCGAGGACGGCGAGAAGUUGAGGAGCUGCAUCGACGAGCAGAGCCGCCAGCGGGUGGAUCGGUACUGCAGCACGGACCCGCAGUUCGGGAACCAGCCGGCCCACCCCUGCUGUCAGCUGGACGGCAGCGACAAGUACCAGUGCUUCGCACAGGAGAAGGUGGACUUCGACAAGGAGCUCCACUCUAAGGACUUCACCCCGGUACUUUCUGACUACAUGGAGGAGUAUUGGAACUGGCUGGAGCAAAGGAUGGAGGAGGGUUUCGACAAAGAUCCACUCCUUCCGGCGCCACUGAGCAAGGCUAAAAUCCCGGACAUGACUUCAGAAGAAGAAGAGAUGGAGGAAGAAAUUGAGGAGAUUGAGUUUUCCGACUCGGAAAUGGAAGACAUGAGCGAGCUGGAUGACGAGGCCAUUGAAGAACCCGAAGAGGAAAACGAGUCUGCUACAGAUGCUCUCCGCCCGCUGAUGCCCCGCCUGGUGCGGAAGGUAGACUGCUGCAAGGCGGGGAAAGACGCUGCCAACGCGCCGAGAACCUGCCGUAACAAGGCGCUGUCGUACAUCGGCUCCCUGCCGCUCCGGACCAGCAGGGGCAAGAACAUCUGCCAGAGGAUGUUCUGGAAAUGCUGCCAGCGAGCUAAGAGAACCGACAUGGUCGCCCCGCAGCCGCCCCGUGUGCCCACCAGCGAGGAGUCAGAGGAGCUCUACAGCAAGCUGCCUUACGUGGAAGAGGAAAAGGCUAAAGACUCUCUGCCUGAGAAGAACAUCCCUGUGGAAAAGACUUCCUCUGAAGAAGACAUGGAGGACUUCGAGGAGAUGGAUAACAACGAGUUGGAGAUGCUUGAGAAUGAACUGACCGACAUGGACAUCGACAGCGUGGUCGAAGAAGAGGAGGAAGAUGAGGGCAGUUAUGAGGAGGAGGAGGGGAGAUUCUCUCCUCGUGCUCCCGGAAAACGCCGUGGGAAGCCAGGGCGCGCGUUCGUGAGGAGGUGCUGCCGUGUGGGAAAGCGGUUCGGCCGGUCCAGCCGCGGGUCCUGCGAGUCCAGGGCCGCCUCUUUCGUGCGCAGGAUGCGCCGGCCGGCCAUCCGCCGCGUCUGCAGCAGGGUGCUCAACAGGUGCUGCGAGAAGGUGCCUAGGCCUACAAAAGCUCCGGAGACCACCACCGUGACUGUGGAACCUACCGUCACCACCCCUGCUCCAACCACCAAACAGCCCUAGACCAAGCCAGCAAUGCUUAGUACGAUCCAUUUACCAUCACCAUGUAACUGAUUCAUGUAAUUGUUUGUCAAUUGAUACCUAGAUUAUUGUAACUAUGGCCGUUUCCAAAAUCAUAUCCAGUUGCUUGAGUAUGUUUUUUGGUGUAUCUUAUUACCUGGAUGUCUAACCGUCACCGACGUAUUGUAGCUAUACUGUUCCAACCGCCACUUUUGCAACUGUAGCAAUUUAUACGUACAGCAUUCAGUCCAAUAUCACAUACACAUACAGCUUCUCUUCUGAUGGGACUUAUUUUCGAUCAAUCCAACAUACUGCAGACCUUCAAUUGUUAUCAACUACUGUAACAUUUUAGCAGUUCAAACCGUCCUAUAAUUUCUCUGCGUCCGCACACGUAGACGUGUCCGAAGGUUGUACACAUUUUGACAUGUGCAGUUCGACAGUCAGGUUUCUACUGUUUGUUAUAAAAUUUGUUUAGAAUGUCCUUCAUGUUCAAUUUUUGUGCAAUGAUUCUGUGACGUAAGUUCCAUUAAGAGCGUGAUUCUAAUAAACUUGAUGAUUUAAGUUC